GUAAAUAGUCAAGGGGAUAUUGGCCAGUCACCAGAGGUGGAAAAGCAGCUGAUAACAGGCAUCUUAACGGUGUAUCACUUUGCAAGGAUGACCUAGUCUGCAAGCUAGUGGAAUAUAAAAAACAUUCUGCUGUUAGAAUAUCCGGCUGUGAUCGGCUUUGUGUAACCAAAUUUACUGAAGGUCUUACUUUUAAAUAUUGAAGUGUUAAACACAAACCAUAUAAAAUGAAAAAAAUGCCUUUGUUCAGUAAAUCCCACAAGAAUCCGGCUGAAAUUGUGAAAACUUUAAAGGAAAACAUGGCCUUACUAGAAAAGCAAGACAAAAAGACUGAAAAGGCCUCUGAAGAGGUUUCCAAAUCGCUACAAGCAACAAAGGAGAUUCUGUGUGGUACAGGAGACAAAGAACCUCAGACAGAGACCGUGGCUCAGCUAGCACAGGAAUUGUAUAACAGUGGCCUACUUGUGACGCUGAUAGCCAACCUACAUCUCAUAGACUUUGAGGGCAAGAAGGACGUAUCUCAGAUAUUUAACAACAUCUUGAGAAGACAGAUUGGUACUCGAUGUCCCACUGUGGAGUAUAUAAGUUCUCAUCAGCAUAUCCUCUUUAUACUACUAAAAGGAUAUGAAUCCCCACAAGUUGCCCGCUGCACUGUGGGAAUAAUGCUCCGAGAGUGGUGUACGUCAUGAACCGCGCUUGCCAAACCCGUCCUUUACGCUGAGCAGUUUGGAGACUUCUUUAAAUAUUUGGAAAUGUCAACAUUCGACAUAGCUUCUGAUGCCUUAGCUACAUUUAAGGAUUUGUUGACAAGACACAAAUUGAUGGUAGCAGAAUUCUUAGAACAGAACUAUGAUACAAUAUUUAAUGAUUAUGAAAAACUUCUUCACUCCGAGAACUAUGUCACAAAGAGACAGUCUUUGAAGCUGCUAGGUGAACUAAUUCUGGACCGGCACAACUUUUCAAUAAUGACAAAAUAUAUAAGCAAGCCAGAAAACCUGAAGCUCAUGAUGAAUUUGCUUCGAGAUAAGAGCCCAAACAUUCAGUUUGAAGCAUUUCAUGUGUUUAAGGUAUUUGUGGCAAAUCCAAACAAAACACAGCCAAUUGUGGACAUCCUGUUAAAAAACCAAACCAAGUUAAUUGAAUUCCUGAGCAGCUUCCAAAAAGAGAGAACAGAUGACGAACAAUUCUCCGAUGAGAAGAAUUACUUGAUCAAACAGAUACGAGACUUGAAAAAACCUACUCCAUGAAAGCCUCAUUGAUUUCUCUGAUUGGCAUCUACCCGAAAUUAUCUAAAUAAGUGUUUUAAAUUGUCAUGGCAUUGUCAGUGCCUCUGUUUGUUUCAAUUUAGUUUAUUAGCUGCCAAGAGUAUAAAGGUUUUAUAUUAAAACUUAAAAUAUAUAUAUAUAAAUGACCAGGUAAAUGCGUUCUUAAUCAGGUCUGUUGGAAUGUGAAUUUUAGAUUUGGGUGUUUAAAAAAGACUGGUAGAUAUAUAUUUUAUUGUGUGAGCCAGUACCAAAAAGGGUCUGUCAGAUGAGUUGUACCAGCUCAUACUGCUGAUGAAGUUUUUUUCAACAUACUCCAUAUAAAUUAUUCAGAACUUUUUUCUCAAGCUUUUCACACUCACAAUUCUCAUAAUACGGAGAAGUCAUUUAGUGCAAUUAGUGGAUGUGAUUUAGCAUUCUCUUGUCUUCUCUGGUUUUGGCACUCCUCUGUCAAGCGAGAAAAGCCUCUAGAAAAGGGUUGUACAGCAAUUUCCAAAGUUAUCGAAAAAACAGCUUUAGUCAUGUGGGGGAUGUGUAAUUUAUUUAAAUCCCACCUGCUCACUAAUAAUUAAUAAAAUAUUAAGUUUUAUCACUAUGAUUAAUAUAACUGAUGCCUGAUUGUAUAGAGUUGCUUUUUUGUAUGCAGGGACCUAUAUUUUAAUUUAUAUUUUUGAUUUCAUGAAACAUUACAAUUAUCUUUUCCUGGUGUAUAAGUCAUAAAUAAACUUUCAGGGCCAAAAGUUAAAUAUGGUGUAGACUUACUUUUUACAAUAAUACAAUAUCCAUCAUCACUGCUUCACAUAUAACUUUCAGUGUACCACAUACUGCACAAGGCGGCAUAUAUUUACAUAACUUUUAUUGAGUAGCAGCAAAAUUGACAUUAAAGAAUGUAGCAUAAUUCUCCAGCGCUAGAAUAAAUUGUCAAUUUUGUUUUAAUCUUUACAGUGGAAUGAUCUGUUGCUCUAUUCCUGUUGUAAACUUUACAACUGGUAGUAAUAAAAAUUUCAAUAAA